CAUUAAAUUAGGCAUAUGCUAGCAAGGGGGUGGAGGUAGGCCGCGGUUGAGCAAGCGGAAGACUCCCCAGCCCUGGAGGCGGCUCCGCCCUUUGCAGUCCCGACAAUGGCACGGCCGUUGUUGGACAUUUGCUGCCAGGAGGUUGCAGCCUGCCUGCUGAGAGGCGACGUGCCAGAGGGCUUCCCCAGGGAGGUCCCCGAGCCGGAGAUCUGUGUGCAAAUAUACAACAAUUACAUGAACAGGUUCAGUGCCGCAGGCCUGGACGACCACCCGGCACUGCUGCGCCACCUGCUAGCCCUGCAGGCGUUCGCCGAGGACUGGCACGUCCGGCAGCUGCGGCUGGCCCUGCCGCAGCCGCGCAGCCCCCGGUCCCUGACACAGCUGCGGCUAGUGUCCUCCCGGCUGCAGCACCUGCAGCUCAACUCCGCCACUUGGCUGCAGCAGCUCGACUGGCUACUGCUGGCUCCGCCGCCUGCGCCACCGGCCCAGGCGGCGCCGACUGCUGCUGGAGCCACAGGUGGCAUGGCGCAGCCGGUGCAGCCGCCACCGCUGACGUGCCUCAUCCUGCGGGACUGUGCGGCGCUGCAGCCACAGGCGCUGACGCCGCUAUCGCACCUGGCGCCCACACUGCGGCUGCUGGAUCUGAGCGGCGCGGCGGCACUGGACGACGGCGCCGCGGGCGUGCUGGCCUGCCUGAGGCACCUGGAGGUGCUCAACCUGAACUACACGGCUGUGGGUGACGCGACGCUGGCCGCACUCACCUACGGCGCCCGUGUGGCGGCCUGGGCGCGGACGCACGGCGCAGCGCCACCUCCGGAGGCGGCUGCCUGGCCCGAGCUGUCGGUGCAUCGCCUGCACCUGGCCGGGACGCGCGUCACGGCGGCGGGUGUGGCACAGCUGACAGACCUGCCGCGGCUGUCCUUCCUGGAUGUGCGUGGCGUGGGAGUGCCUAGGGCUACGCUGCGACCCCUGGAGUACCGCUUCAGCCUGUCACUGGUUCAGGGUGCGGUGCUGGCGACCUCCAACGCCCUGGCCGCGGCGCUCAUCAACCACUCGGAGCACACCGCCUGCGCCUGCCCGCCCGCCGACAUGGCCACACUGAUGGCGCAGGGCCAGGCCUCACCCGCUGCCACCUCGACCCGUACCCGCCGGCGGCAGCAGGCCGCUCGCCUGCGCGCAGCGCGCGGGCUGCAGGCGACGGGAGAGGACUUGUCAGUAGGAUUGCGGGAUGCGGCGGGAGCUCCGGCUGGUGCCGCCGUUAGCCAGCAGCCACCUGUCUUGCAUGCGGCAGCUGCCGGGCGGGCGGAGGCGGCCUGGGGUCCGACGAUGGGUCCUGGGUGGCAGCAGCAGUGGGCCACGUGCGGCAUCCAGCAGCUGGUUGACACUGUGGAGGCACUACUGCGGGCGGAAGGGCGCGCCUGAUUGGAAGCACAGCUGCCGCCGGUGAGUGGGGCUGGCGGACUCUGGGGGAGGCGGGUGGCGGGGGACUCAGUGUGUGUGUGUGUGAACCCCAUUCCGUGCAGCACCUGGGCUUGGAUUCGGCCACGGCA